UGUUUGCCAAACACCUUUAAACAUCAGAGGAAGAAGAUUAGCGUCACCGCGCUCUCUGUUGUUCUGUUGUGAUGCUAAGCUUUUAGAAUUAUUUCUGUAAAUAGAAAAAUACCGUUUUUGAAUCGGUAAGUAAAUACUUGUAAUAGCCUAUUAUCCCCUUAGUCUUGACUACGUUUUGAAGCAAGCAGGAAUAUCUGGAGGAGUAUCAUCUGAACUGAGAUCUGCUGCUGUGAAGAUGGAGUUUGUUAAAGAAGAGAGUGAAGAGAACACGAGUGAACCAGAAACCUGGAGAAUAAAACACGAGAAACUGGAAACAUGGAGAAUAAAACACGAGGAACCAGAAACAUUGAGAAUAAAACACGAGAAACUGGAAACAUGGAGAAUAAAACACGAGGAACCAGAAACCUGGAGAAUAAAAGACGAGGAACCAGAAACCUGGAGAAUUAAACUGGAGGAACAAGAAGAGUUUAUUGAAGAAAGUGAGGAGAACGAAGAAUUAAAUGAAGUUCGGGAGAAGAAUCAUGUCAAAACUUCAGAAAAACAUUUGAGUUGCUCUCAAACCAAACAGAAAGAUUUAAAGACAAGAGGAGCCAAGAAAUCUUUCAUCUGCACUCUGUGUGGAAAGAGUUUGACAUCCAAAUAUAAUCUUGAUGUUCACUUGAGAGUUCAUACUGGAGAGAAACCAUUCACUUGUGAUCAGUGCGGGAAGUGUUUCACACAAUCGUUAAGCCUUAAGGUACAUAUGAAAAUCCACACUGGAGAGAAAGAUUACAAGUGUUCACAAUGUGACGAAAGAUUCAGUCGGUCAGGAGACCUGAAGAAACACAUGUUAGUCCACACUGGAGAGAAACCACACACAUGUGAUCAGUGUGGGAAGAGUUUCACACAAAAAGGAAGCCUUACAGCAUAUAUGAGAGUUCAUACAGGAGAGAAACUUUUCUUAUGUAAUCAAUGUGGAAGGAGUUUUUCACAUUUAACUCACAUUAAGGAUCACAUGAACAUCCACACUGAAGAGAAACCUUUCAAGUGUUCACACUGUGACAAGAGAUUCAGUCAGUUAGGAAACCUGAAGAAACACAAGUUAAUCCACACUGGAGAGAAACCGUACACAUGUGGUCAGUGUGGGAAGAGUUUUACACAAAAAGCAAACCUUAUGACACAUAUGAGAGUUCAUACAGGAGAGAAACUUUUCUUAUGUAAUCUAUGUGGAAGGAGUUUUUCACAUUUAACUGCCCUUAAGGAUCACAUGAACAUCCACACUGGAGAGAAACCUUUCAAGUGUUCACACUGUGACAAGAGAUUCAAUCGGUCAGGAAACCUGAAGAAACACAAGUUAAUCCACACUGGAGAGAAACCGUACACAUGUGGUCAGUGUGGGAAGAGUUUUACACAAAAAGUAAACCUUAUGACACAUAUGAGAGUUCAUACAGGAGAGAAACUGUUUAUAUGUAAUCAAUGUGGAAAGAGUUUUUCACACUUAGCAAACCUUAAGGUACACAUGAACAUCCACACUGGGAAGAAACCGUAUUACUGCACUGAAUGUGGGAAGUGUUUCAGUCGUCUAUCUUCUCUACACAGUCAUACAAAAAACAAUCACACAAAAAACACAGUAAGUAGAUCAUCUUCAGAUCCAGCACUCAUCAAACUUGAAACACCUGAUCUAGCAAAGUCGGUUCAAGAAAAACAGCUGGAACAAAAGAAACAACAUGAUCGAGGAAGAAGAGUCCUAAGAUCCUUUGUGGAGGAAGAACCAGUAAGAGUCCUAAAUUUCAGAGGAGGGCAGGAGAAAUGGUUGAGUGCAACAGUGAUUGAGCGAAAGGGUCCUGUAAGUUAUGUCGUGCAGGAGGGUCAGAGAAGGCGCACUGUGCAUGUGGACCAUAUGUUGCCCAGAAACACUGCAGAAGGAUCCCCCAUGCCUGGUGUGUUAGAGAUCCCGAAUUCAAGUGUCAUGAUGAUAACAGAGGACCACUGA